UGAUCAUCAAUGGGGUCACGAAAUGGGGUUGUGUUUGAAGAUUUCUUUCCAGCCAUGGUGGAGAAAUUGGGAGCUGAAGGGUUUAUGAAGGAGCUAGACAAUGGGUUUCGGUUGUUGAUGGAUGAAGAGAAGGGUGUGAUCACAUUUCAGAGCUUGAAGAGGAACUCAGCUUUGUUGGGAUUGCAAGGCAUGAGUGAUGAGGAGCUAAUGUGUAUGCUUAGAGAAGGAGAUUUGGAUGGGGAUGGGGCUUUGAAUGAGAUGGAAUUUUGUACUCUCAUGUUUAGGUUGAGCCCUGGAUUGAUGGAAAGCUCAAGCGAAUUAUUGGAGGAAGCCAUUGUUAGUGAAUUUUAAAUAUUUUAUUCGUUUCCUUUGAAGAAUUGCACCAAGAAUUUAAUUAGUUAUUGUUGAUUUGUUGUACUUGUUCUAGGGCAUCUUGUCUUUUCUUAUUGUUGUCCUGGUCGGGUUGGGUUGUUUUGUAUUGAGGAAGCUAUUGUUAGUGAAAUUUAGAAUCUCUAGCUUUGAAACCCACCCCUCUUCUUCUUUCCUCAAAAAAAAAAAAAAGAACAAAAAAUGUGGUCUCCAUGUGUGUUCUUCUAAUGAAUAUCUUUCUCUUUUUGAUGGCCAUUCUGUCAAUUCAAUAAAAUUAUUUUUCUCUCCAA